UAUUAUCACCUUUGACUUUCAAUGUAAACAUUAUAUCAUCUGCUUUAAAACAGGUUUAAAAAAACUAUUUGGCAUUUCAUAUAUUAAGUAUUUGAGAAGAUGUCUUUAAUUACGUGGUUUUUAAUUUUCAAUACUUUAAUUAUUAAUUCAAAAUUUUCAAACGUAGUGUCCGUAACAAUAGAUGAGUGUUGCAAAAUAAACAAAUUAAAUGACGAUUGUUUAAUCAAGUUCAGUAAAGCAAUUAUUCCAAGUUUAGAGGGCAAACAUAAGGGAGAGGCUGGAAAAAUCGCAGUAGUUGGUGGUUCCGUAGAAUAUACUGGUGCACCAUAUUUUGCUGCAAUUUCGUCUUUAAAAGUUGGUGCAGAUUUAGUGACUGUUUUAACAACCGAAAAUGCAGCACCUGUUAUAAAGUCUUACAGCCCUGACCUUAUUGUAAUACCUCACCAUUCCAUUAAUAUAAGUAAAAUUAUACCAAAAAAUGAUUUAAUUGUUAUUGGACCUGGAUUAGGUCGAUCUGAAGAAGCCUUACAUUUUGCCUACAAUGUUAUCUCACUUUGUAGAGAAUUAAAAAUACCAUUAGUCAUAGAUGCUGAUGGCUUAUAUGCAGUGUAUAAAAAUAUUUCUAUAUUAAAAGAUUAUCCUAAUCCUGGAAUCAUUUUAACUCCUAAUAAAGCUGAAGCUAAGAGGUUGCAAGAUGCUAUUGGCGUAACUUAUGGGCCUUGGUAUAGAUACUGGGGUGAUUAUGUUACAGUCUUAGAAAAAGGAGGAGUAGAUCAAUUUCAUUCCAGUCAGUCUAAAUAUAGUUGGUGUCUCCAAGAAGGUGGCUCAGGACGUCGUGCUGGCGGUCAGGGAGACAUUUUAUCGGGGGCAAUGGGAACUUUUUUUAAUUGGGCGAUUAAAUCUGAUAUCUGUGGAGACCUUAAAUCUUUCGAAUUAGCACCAAGUGUUGCAUCAUAUGCUGCAGCAAAAUUCACAAGACUUUGUAACUUUAAAGCAUACAAAUCAAAUGGUCGCAACAUGAUUGCCUCCGACAUGUUAAAAGAAAUUCAUUCUGCAUUCGACGAUUUAUUUUUAUAGUAUGUAUAAUAUAAAAAUAAAUGGAUUUAUAACCAUU